UCCCUUCCCCUCCCUCCCCAGCCUUCCCCGCGAGCGGACGCGGCAGCGCCUCUGUCUCGCUUUUUCUUAUUUUUCCCCCCUUUCCCCUUCCUUUUUUUUUCCCCCUUUCCCCCCCUUCUUUUCCUUUCACCAUUUCCCCUAGGAGGCGCGUCCCCCGGGCAGGGGCAGAGCCGGUCUCACCCCCCGCCUCUCCCCGGCCCCCGCCGCCCUAUGGCGAGAGGGAGCCCCCUCCCCACCCGGGCUCGAGCGGCUGCGGUCGGAGGAGCGGCACCGGCGGUGGCGGCGGCGGCCUGAGGCCCGGGGUCAUCAUGGAACUAAUUCGCUGACUGACCCAGCGGCUGCAGCCGUGUGUCCGGCUCGAGCGUCAGCGCCUGCGACCCCCGUCCGGUUCCUCCUCUUCUCCGUCCUCGGUCCGCCCCGUCCUCGUCCGCGUGCCCCGCCGCCGCGCAGAGGAGAAUGAGGCGGUAGCGGGUCGCCGGAUGACCCCGCGUCACCACUGUGAGGCCUACAGCUCUGCGGGGGAGGAGGAGGAGGAGGAGGAGGAAGAGGAGAAGGUAGCUACAUCAAGCUGGGUGGCAGGCAGAUCCAAAGGAUAUCAUGAAGUUUCCAGGACCUUUGGAAAACCAGAGAUUAUCUUUCCUGUUGGAAAAGGCAAUCACUAGGGAAGCCCAGAUGUGGAAGGUGAAUGUGCCGAAAAUGCCUACAAAUCAGAAUGUUUCUCCAUCCCAGAGAGAUGAAGUAAUUCAGUGGUUGGCCAAGCUCAAGUACCAGUUCAACCUUUACCCAGAAACAUUUGCUUUGGCUAGCAGUCUUUUGGACAGGUUUUUAGCUACUGUAAAGGCCCAUCCAAAAUACUUGAGUUGUAUUGCAAUCAGCUGUUUUUUCUUAGCUGCCAAGACUGUUGAGGAAGAUGAGAGAAUUCCACUACUGAAGGUAUUAGCAAGAGACAGUUUCUGUGGAUGUUCCUCAUCUGAAAUUCUGAGAAUGGAGAGAAUUAUUCUGGAUAAGUUGAAUUGGGAUCUUCACACAGCAACACCAUUGGAUUUUCUUCACAUUUUUCAUGCCAUUGCAGUGUCAACUAGGCCUCAGUUCCUUCUCAGUUUGCCCACACUGAGCCCGUCUCAGCACUUGGCAGUCCUCACCAAGCAGCUGCUUCACUGUGUGGCCUGCAGCCGACUUCUGCAAUUCAAAGGAUCCAUGCUUGCUCUGGCCAUGGUUAGUUUGGAAAUGGAGAAACUUAUUCCAGAUUGGCUUCCUCUUACAAUUGAAUUGCUGCAGAAAGCACAGAUGGAUAGCUCCCAGUUGAUCCAUUGUCGGGAGCUGGUGGCACAUCACCUUUCCACUCUGCAGUCUUCCUUGCCUCUAAAUUCCGUUUAUGUCUACCGUCCCCUCAAGCACACCUUGGUGACCUGUGACAAAGGAGUGUUUAGAUUACAUUCCUCCUCUGUCCCAGGCCCCAAUAUCUCCAAGGACAACAGCAAGCCAGAAGUGCCAGUCAGAGGUACAGCAGCCUUCUACCAUCAUCUCCCAGCUGCCAGUGGGUGCAAGCAUACCUCUGCUAAACGCAAAGUGGAGGAGAUGGAAGUGGAUGACUUCUAUGAUGGAAUCAAACGGCUCUAUAAUGAAGACAGUGCUUCAGAAAAUGUGGGUUCUGUGUGUGGCACUGAUUUAUCAAGACAAGAGGGACAUGCUUCCCCUUGUCCACCUUUGCAGCCUGUUUCUGUCAUGUAGUUUCAACAGUACGACAGAAGUGUUACCAUCAAACGCACACAAAGGUAGACUACCCUGGGGAUGAGAACAAGGAAAACCAGGAAAGGUCAUAGAAGGACAUAUACCUUACCAGGCUGAUUGGAAGUGAACCGGGAAAAAAAACCCAAAAAACCCCUUAUUUACUUGUCCAGAUAAUUAUAAUCCAACAUCAUUUAAGCACUUAAAGACCAAAAAAAAUUAUAUUAAAAAAUCCAAAAGAUGCAACAUUUUCUAAAAAAUAAAGUUUAUUUCAGCUGCACUUUUUUCUGCUGAAAUGUAAUGUAGCAUGCCCCAUGUUAAAAAUUCACAUUUAAUGUUUUUUUUAAAGUUCCAAAAUUCAUAGCUAGCAAACUUGUCCCCCGUGUCCUGAUAUAAUUUUCCUCUUUUUUGCUUGCUUCUUCAUUGAGUACUUAAUGAAUUUUAUGCAUGUUGAUCUAUAUUGACUUCCACUGACCCCCAAAAUUAUUUUUUAGCAAUUUAACGAACAGAUUAGGGCAAUGUGACAGCCAGGUGUAAUCCAUGAUUCAAAUUCCAGUGAAUCUGAAAAGAAUACUUUGGAAUUAUCCAGUAUGAAUCAGAGGUGGUAAUAGAAAAAGGUCUCAUAUUACCACGUUGAUUUUUGUUUGUCUCAUUUCAAUUUCCACAGUUUAUAAACAAUUACUGUUUUUAUUUUUGUCUGUCUUAAAAUGAAGUCUUUAAAAGUGGCAUGUAAUUAGGGUGUUCUUAGAUUUUUCAAAUGCAUUUUUGACAUUUGUAUAAAAGAAUUUGUGAUAAAGUUAAUAUCCAGGUGCUCACCAAAGAAAUGUCUGUAACCACUAAAAUUAGAUUUUUGUAACUGCUCAGUUUUCACUCAUUUAUAAUCAGUGAGAGAGACUGUCUAGAUGUUGGGGCAGCUCCAUGAUUUGAGUCUAUAACAUGUAAAAACUGAAUUUAGUACCCUAGUUUUAUGUUAAACUGCUAGGAUUUUCUCGAUAAAAGUUAUUUACCUUGCCUCCUUACCUUUAUUUCUCUUAAUUGACUUCUGAAUCCUGAGCUCCCUUUGCAGUCUGUGAAUAAGGUAUUACAGUCAGAUCAUGUACUGAUGAUAAAAGCCUCUGGUAGCAAUAAAAAGUUGUCCUUCA